AUGGCGACCCCCCGAGUUGACCGCAAGGUGGAGACAGCCUUGGUGUCCGAUAUCCCAGAUCUGGUCGAACUAUUCUGGAACGCAUUCAACAGCGAGAGGAUGAGACGGUUCUGUCCGAAGUCCGAAGGGGGUCGCACCUGGCUGGAGGUGGGUAACUCGGUUUUCAUAUGUCCCUACCCCCCAUCCAUCGUGACGAUGCGUGUUCAGCUUCGGCGAUACAAGCUGCGGUCUGAUCCUGGAGGAGCAUCCCUCCCUUCGACCAUUUCCCCUGUGUGCGUUGCGGAAGCCUGUCUGCCUGCAUCCUUUGUGGUCGUACACAUAUUUCAUAUGAAGGGUGACCCAUCGAAGCGCACCUGGACGACCAUGUGGCCCACUGCAGACGACAUCCCAGACAUGUCAACCCAGGUUCUGGCCGACUUCUGGGGAACACCGGAGAAGGCCCACGCUUUCGUCACUGGAGAACGACCGCACGUGUACUUCGAAAUUCUCGGAACGCUGGAUUCGCAUCGCAGGCAGGGCUAUGGGAGCGCGUUGGUGAAAUGGUCGUGCGGCUUGGCCGACGAGCUUGGGCUCGAAAGCUUCCUCCAAGCUAGCGAAGAUGGAAAACCCCUCUACGAGGCGUAUGGGUAUGCAGCGCAGGAUAUGUCCCAGAUGGAUGAAAAGCUGCAUUCAUGCCCCAUGCUUCGACUGCCGAAGUCACGACUGGGAUAA